AUGGAGAUUGUGGACAGACUAGCGGUUUUCCCGACAUCCAGUUCGUACACGAAUGUGAAAUGCCGUUUGGUCUGCGCACGCAGGGGUCGCGAUUUGCUCGCGAAAAGGGUCGAUGGACUUUUAAUCCGAUUUCGCGCGAUUACGUCGCGGUUACUCGAGAGCAAAUCGCAACUCGGCCAAGUUAUGAGGGACGCGGCCUUCUCGUUGGUCCAAGUCAAUUACGCGACAGGUGGGAUAAACGAGCUGGUCCUGCAGACGGUCGACAAGGCGAAAACCAAGAUCCAAUCCAGACAGGAGAUGAUCGGUGGGAUUCGACUAUGGAUCUACGAGCCCUUCCGCAGUGGCGCCGAUCCCUUCGAAUUUGCUGGAUUAGCCAGAGGCGGUCAACAAGUGGCUAGAUUGAGGGUAAAUUACGGGAAGGCGAUCGAUCUGCUGGUCGAAUUGGCGUCGUUGCAGCGCAACUUCCGGAUCCUCGACCGGGCGAUCAAGGUGACGAGACGUCGAGUAAACGCUCUUCGGCACAUCAUUAUACCUCGGUUGGAACGGACCAUCGCCUACAUUGUCACCGAGCUCGACGAGUACGAGCGAGAGGAAUUUUAUCGCCUUAAGAAGAUAAGGGAGAGGAAGACGAAGAUGAAGCGACGCACUUGCGAUUCCUCUCGGACAGCCAACAUACUCGAUGACGACACGGAUGAGGAUCUUCUCUUUUAA